CGGCAGGUCGGCAGGUGAGCUCCUGCGUGCUACGAAUACGUAGGUACUACGUGAACCCACCAGAGCCCACGGCGCAUCCCAUAUAAACGGGCUUCCGCCAAAAGGCUAAAAAGCAAGGAAUCGCCCGUUCCUCCUCCGCUCGUCACUCCAAGCCCCUCUCCUCUUCGCCACAUUCACCAUCCUCUUUCUUCCCUGGAACACUGGGCCGAGCAUACAAAAGGCGGGUUUCUCAGCCCGAGCUCAUCCUGGCGUGACGACAAGGGAACACGCCGUCGAGUGACAUAAAUACUUGGCUGGGGUACCCAUCCAUCGACUGCUCAACCGCGACUCGCUCGCUCGCUUGCUUCCUCCAUCUAACCACGGACUACGAGCAAACCGACAGGACAAGUCGAGAGUCGCCAAAGCAACUCGUCGGCGGUGGAUUGACUGUUGAUUGAAUGAUAUAACCAUCCAUCAUCAAUCAAGAUCCAGCACUGUCAUGGCAAAGAACGCCCCUCUCGGCCUGGCUGGCCUCAUCCUAACAGCUGCCUCCAUCGUCCUCCUAUUCUUCAUCAUUCUUCCCGGCGUCUCCGACACGGCGCCCCUCAGAAAGACCUACUUCCUGCGCGCCGAUACCCAGGGCAUCUCUGGUGCGCGCGCCACCACUCAGUGGACAUAUUUCUACUUCUGCGGACCCAACAACAAGGACUGUGGCAGCGCCCAUCCUGCACCUGCCUUUGGUCGUGCCUGGGACUCGCGCCCCGAAAAUGCGCCUUCGGAGCUUGUCGGCAGCCAUGGCGGCCACACCACGUCGUCCAAGUUCUUCUACAUGUGGCGGUUCUCCUGGGUCUUUAUUCUCAUCACCCUCUUCUUUGAGGUCUUGGCCUUCUUCUCCGGCUUCCUUGCCUGUUGUGGCCGCCUGGGCGCUGCCAUCUCUGGCCUCGUCUCCUUCGUCGCUCUUUUCUUCUCCUCGCUGGCAAUGUCUCUGAUGACUGCCACAUUCGUCCUUGCUCGCAACGCCUUCCACUCGGACAACCGCUCUGCCAAGGUCGGCGCCUACGCCUUCGGCUUUGCCUGGGGCUCAUGGGCAGCUCUCUUCCUCGCUACGAUGCUUUUCUGCGUUGGUCUGCGUGGUGGUGACAAACAGUCUUCUUCUGGUGGUCGUUCGUGGGGCCGUCGCAGCCGUAGUGUUCGCAGCCACACCUACGAUGGCCGCCGGGUCAAAGACGAUUACUCCUAGCGUGGGACAUCGUCCUUGGCCACUGAGUCUGCCAGCCCACGGUGUACGCAGGCACCACCACGGGUGCCUGUCGUGGAUGGUGCCGCUGACGAUAACGAGGAUGCGGAGAGCAGCGUAAUCGAGAAUAGCGCAAUUGAAUUGCGAGAUGCUUCUAGUGAGGAAAGGUCUCUUGAUGGCCGGAGCCUGGAGUCAACGAGCCAGAGCGACCACGACAGCAAUGCCACCAUCAGCACAUCCGCAGCAGUGGUAAACGGUCCUGGAGGUGGAAGAAGAUGAAAGCGGUUAUCCACCCGUCACCCCUAAUUCUGACUUUGUACAUGCUAUGCUGUCGGAGCAGGUGGGAUCCGUGCCGUCGCGGCCCGUGUCUCUGGUUAGAGUCACCUACUGCCUAAUAGUCUAAAUUACGAAUUGUAUGAUUUUAAUAAACCUUCUCGUUAUCGUGGUCGUGUGUUAA